AUGACCGAACCCACCAAGAUCAGCAUCCUGGGUCGGGAAAGCAUCGUCGCUGAUUUUGGCCUGUGGCGCAACUAUGUUGCCCAGGACCUGAUCAGCGGCUUGCCCUCGACCACCUACGUCCUUGUUACCGACACCAAUCUCGGGUCCAUUUACACGCCCACUUUCCAAAAGAUCUUCGAGACUGCCGCCGCCGCCCUCUCUCCAGCCCCGCGUCUCUUGGUCUACCAUGCCCCACCGGGAGAAAGCUCAAAAUCACGCCAGACGAAAGCCGAUAUCGAAGAUUGGAUGUUGAGCCAGAGCCCGCCAUGCGGUCGGGAUACAGUGGUGAUCGCAUUGGGUGGCGGAGUGAUUGGGGACUUGACUGGAUUCAUUGCCGCGACCUACAUGCGUGGGGUUCGCUAUGUUCAGGUCCCCACCACACUUCUCGCCAUGGUCGACUCCUCGAUUGGUGGGAAGACUGCCAUUGACACCCCGCUGGGGAAGAACCUCAUCGGCUCCAUCUGGCAGCCGUCGAGAAUCUAUAUCGACCUGGAAUUCUUGGAGACGCUCCCGGUACGGGAGUUCAUCAACGGUAUGGCCGAGGUCAUCAAGACUGCCGCCAUCUCCAGCGAGAAGGAGUUCACAGCGCUGGAAGGCAAUGCAGACGCCAUUCUAGGCGCCGUGCGCAGUGAGGCAAAACCCGGACAGGGUCGCUUCGACGGGAUCCGGGACAUCUUGAAGGCCCGGAUCCUGGCCUCCGCACGCCACAAGGCGUACGUCGUCUCCGCUGACGAGCGCGAGGGUGGUCUCCGCAACCUGCUCAACUGGGGUCACUCAAUUGGUCAUGCCAUUGAGGCGAUUCUCACCCCGCAAAUCCUCCACGGAGAGUGUGUUGCCAUCGGUAUGGUGAAGGAGGCAGAACUUGCCAGGCACCUGGGUAUCCUGAAGGGCGUUGCAGUGGCUCGCGUAGUCAAGUGUAUUUCCGCUUACGGCUUGCCCACGUCAAUGAAGGAUUCUCGGGUGCGCAAGCUGACUGCCGACAAGCAUUGCUCCGUGGAUCAGCUGUUGUUCAACAUGGCACUAGACAAGAAGAACGACGGGCCGAAGAAGAAGGUCGUUCUUUUGUCCGCCAUUGGGCGUACCUACGAACCCAAAGCCAGUGUCGUCUCCAAUUAUGACAUUGGAGUUGUCCUUGCUCCAAGCAUUGAGGCUCAUCCGGGUGUGAAGCAGGCGCUCGAUGUGACCUGCGCACCCCCGGGAUCCAAGAGUAUUUCGAAUCGCGCCCUGGUGCUUGCUGCUCUUGGCUCAGGUACCUGCCGUAUCAAGAAUCUAUUGCACUCUGAUGACACCGAGGUCAUGUUGAAUGCCCUGGAACGUCUGGGGGCUGCGACUUUCUCCUGGGAGGAUGAAGGCGAGGUUCUCGUGGUGAACGGUCAAGGAGGAAAAAUAACCGCCACCCCCUCAUCGCUGUACCUUGGCAACGCUGGAACUGCCUCCAGAUUCCUGACUACAGUAGCAACCCUGGCCAACCCGAGCAGUGUGGACUCGAGCAUCCUGACUGGUAACAACCGUAUGAAGCAGCGCCCCAUUGGCGAUCUUGUUGAUGCUCUGACUGUCAAUGGUGCCAAUGUUGAGUACCUGGAGCGCAAGGGCAGCCUUCCCCUCAGAAUUGCUGCUUCCGGUGGCUUUGCUGGAGGAAAAAUCAACCUGGCCGCCAAGGUGUCCUCUCAGUAUGUUUCUUCAUUACUGAUGUGCGCUCCGUACGCCAAGGAGCCAGUGACUCUGAAGCUGGUCGGUGGAAAGCCGAUCUCCCAGCCUUACAUCGACAUGACAACGGCCAUGAUGAGAUCCUUUGGCAUCGAUGUGCAAAAAUCCACAACUGAAGAGCACACUUACCAUAUUCCCCAGGGUCACUACGUGAACCCCGCGGAAUAUAUCGUUGAGAGUGAUGCAAGCUCCGCUACUUAUCCUCUGGCGAUUGCUGCCGUCACGGGCACUACCUGCACGGUCCCUAACAUCGGUUUCGAGUCACUUCAAGGCGAUGCUCGUUUCGCGGUUGAUGUCCUCAAGCCGAUGGGCUGCUCUGUCAAGCAAUCGGAAACUUCCACCACUGUCACCGGGCCCGCUAAUGGCGUUCUGAAACCGCUUCCCAACGUGGACAUGGAACCGAUGACGGAUGCCUUCCUCACGGCGGCUGUCCUUGCGGCCGUUGCCCAAGGUGACGCCUCGAACCACACUACCCGCAUCUAUGGUAUUGCCAAUCAGCGUGUGAAGGAAUGUAACCGGAUCAAGGCCAUGAAGGACGAGCUGGCCAAGUACGGUGUGGUCUGCCGGGAGCACGAUGACGGUCUUGAAAUCGAUGGGAUCGAGCGCUCCACUCUUCGACAGCCUUCUGGGGGCAUUUUCUGCUAUGAUGACCACCGCGUUGCCUUUAGUUUCAGUGUGCUAUCUCUUGUGGCCCCUCGCUCCACCCUCAUUCUGGAGAAAGAAUGCGUUGGUAAGACAUGGCCCGGCUGGUGGGACACCUUGAAGCAGCUGUUUGGCGUCAAGCUCGAGGGCAAGGAGUUGACGGAGGACGAAUUGGCCGUUUCGAGCCGCGAGGAGAGGGCCGGCUCUUCGGUAUUUAUUAUCGGCAUGCGUGGUGCUGGAAAGUCUACUGCCGGCAACUGGGUUGCAAAAACCCUUGACCGUCCCUUCAUUGACCUUGACACGGAGUUUGAGAAAUCCGAGGGCAUCACGAUCCCGGAUAUGAUUAAGCAGCAUGGCUGGCAGGGCUUCCGCGAUGCUGAGCUGGCCCUGCUCCAGCGCAUGAUGAAAGAUCGGCCUACCGGCUACGUCUUUGCCUGUGGCGGUGGUGUCGUCGAGAUUCCCGAGGCACGGAAGCUGCUGAUCGACUACCACAAAAAUAAGGGCAACGUUUUGCUCAUAAUGCGCGACAUCAAGCUGGUGAUGGACUUCCUGCAAAUUGACCAGACCCGCCCGGCCUACGUGGAAGAUAUGAUGGGUGUGUGGCUGCGACGCAAGCCUUGGUUCCAGGAAUGCAGUAAUAUCCAGUAUUACAGCCAGCACUCGAGUGGCACGGAGCUUGCGCUUGCCUCGGAAGACUUCUCGCGCUUUUUGCGGGUAGUGACCGGUCAAGUGGACAACCUCGGCCUGAUCAAAAAGAAGAAGCACACGUUCUUUGUCUCGCUGACGCUUCCCGAUCUGCGUCCGUCUAGUGAGAUCUUGAAUGAGGCCUGUGUCGGAUCUGACGCUGUGGAACUGCGAGUCGACCUGUUGAAGGACCCCGCAUCGAACAGCGACAUCCCUUCUGUGGACUAUGUUGCCGAGCAGAUGUCUUUCCUCCGUCGGCGUGUGUCGCUCCCUCUGAUCUUUACCAUCCGCACCAAGAGCCAAGGCGGUCGCUUCCCUGACGAUGCCCACGAAGCGGCUAUGCAACUGUACCGGCUGGCAUUCCGAGCCGGAUGCGAAUUCGUCGAUCUUGAAAUCGCGUUCCCAGACGAGAUGCUUCGUACCGUUGCUGGUAUGAAGGGUCACUCAAAAAUUAUCGCGUCGCACCACGACCCGCAAGGCAAGCUGUCGUGGGCCAAUAUGUCCUGGAUGCAAUCUUACAACCGUGCUCUCGAGUACGGUGAUGUGAUCAAGCUUGUAGGUGUUGCCAACAGCCUAGACGACAACACUGCUCUACGAAAGUUCAAGAACUGGGCAGAGCAGGCGCACGACGUGCCGUUGAUUGCGAUCAACAUGGGGGACAAGGGCCAGCUCAGCCGAAUCCUGAACGGCUUCAUGACCCCCGUUUCUCAUCCCAGCCUCCCCUUCAAGGCGGCGCCAGGCCAAUUGUCUGCAACUGAUAUCCGGAAGGGUCUUUCGCUAAUGGGCGAGAUCAAGGCCAAGAAGUUCACAAUCUUCGGCUCUCCGGUCUCGGGCUCACGGUCACCUGCCCUCCAUAACACCCUCUUUGCGACGAUGGGCCUGCCCCACGAGUACGGUCUCCUAGAGACCACGAAUGCCGAAGAUGCCAAGAAGUUGAUCCGUGCCCCUGACUUCGGUGGUGCGUCGGUGACGAUCCCGCUGAAGCUGGACAUCAUGCCGCUGUUGGACGAGGUUGCCCAGGAGGCCGAGAUUAUCGGUGCCGUCAACACCAUCGUCCCCGUGGAGCACGGAGACAAGCCCGCACGUCUGGUUGGCUACAAUACCGACUGGCAGGGCAUGGUGCAAUGUCUGCGCAACGCGGGCAUCUACGGCUCCGCAGGCAUCGAGAGCGCCGUGGUUGUCGGUGGCGGCGGCACCGCGCGGGCAGCCAUCUUUGCACUGCACCACAUGGGCUUCUCCCCGAUCUAUGUGGUGGGUCGCUCCGCCAGCAAGCUCGAGGGCAUGGUGUCGACCUUCCCGACCAACUACAACAUCCGCGUCGUCGACAACCACACCCAACUGGAUACCGUGCCCCGGGUCGCCAUCGGCACCAUCCCCGCCGACCGUCCCAUCGAUCCCGCCAUGCGAGAAACGCUCUGCCACAUGUUUGAGCGCGCCCAAGAGAUCGAUGGCACGCAGAUCGGCAAAUCCGUCGACUCGAAGUCGCCCCGUGUGCUCCUCGAGAUGGCCUACAAGCCCGCCGUGACGGCGCUCAUGCAGCUGGCUGCCGAUGCUGGCUGGAAUACCAUUCCAGGACUAGAGGUGCUUGUCGGACAAGGCGUGAACCAGUUUGUUCACUGGACUGGCAUUACCCCGCUGUACCACGAGGCAAGAGAUGCUGUCAUGGGCACUUCCGAGUCCACAUGA